UGAGGAGGACUGGGAGGAGAAACCAGGUUUGACCUAUGCCAAAUCGAUUACCAGGUUGGGGAAUUAACCGCAGUUGACUUUACUCUCUACUGUGGCAAUUCUUGGACGCUUGCGCAGAUGAGGAGAGCCACCCAGUCGGCCUACGGCGAGAGAGUUCACUGCAAAGGCUCUGGUAUCGAACUUCCACGUUCUGGUCCCUGCUCAAGUUUGAAUCUUACGAGAUUCUUCGUUUCUUCUUCUUCCAUCCUAGGGCCUCGUCAGAGUGCCGUUUUUAUUCGCUAGUAGCCAUGACUUGAGAGAAUAAACAGAGGAAUAAACAGAGCUACCUCUGUGAUCGUAGCUGCCUUCGUCGGAGGGGUUGCCUUCUGCCAUAGCCAGAGCAAUAGAUUCUCAUUCUUCAGCCAUCUGAAGUUUAAACAACGUGUGUGUGUGUGUGAGAGAGAGAGAGAAAAGACGACAGCAGCAGCAGGUCGAGCUAGUUGAGAUAUGGUGAAUUCAAUCGUGAAAGCGUAUCUGGUAGCGUACAAUGCAGCUCAAGCUGUAGGGUGGUUGGUGGUGCUCUCAAAGUUAGGGCAGAGCUAUGUGGACACAGGAGACUUCAAUCACGCAUUCGUAGCAGCAGGCAAUCUUGUGCGGGCUCUGCAGCUGGCUGCCUUCUUGGAGUUUCUCCAUGCUUCUUUCGGGUUGGUCCGAAGUGGGGCCUUGACGAGUCUUAUGCAGUGGGGAGGAAGGACCCAUGUUUUGCUGGCGGUUAUUGCUAAACUUCCUGAAGCUCAAGUGUUGCCCUCCGUCUUCAUCGUCUUCACAGCGUGGUCCAUUUCAGAGGUAAUUAGAUACCCACAAUAUGCACUUAGCAGUCUCGGAGCAUGCCCAAGGUGGCUGCUGUGGCUGAGGUACACAGCUUUUAUUCUCCUAUAUCCUGCAGGAAUAUAUGGUGAGAUGAACGCCAUGUACAUCUCCUUGAAACCCAUCGCUGACAGGCAGCUCUAUUCUGGUAUCUUCGGCCAGCUUCUGCCUUUCACCUAUGACAAGUUCGUACUCGGACUGCUCAUUGCUUACCCUUUUCUGUUUGUAAUUCUUUUCCUCCAUAUGUUCAAGCAACGACGAUCGAAGUUGAGCGUCAGGUCUAGUGCAAAUCGCAGAACGAGCAAGGGCAAGGGUAAACGCAGAGACUAGUUCAUACUACGUAGGAGUUUUAGAGCGGAGCAGAGUAGUACCAAGUAGAGCUUAGCAAGAGCUGGCAUAAACCAGGUGAAUGAAGGGCAAUGCCCCGCGGAUUGUGUAGUCACUAAGGUGUUGUAAAUGAGUGGUUUUGAUGUUGAAUUGGAUUUCCAACUUGCCCUUCUCCCGUGUGCUGAAGUGGAUGAGAGGAGGAAGAACCCAAUAUCAAGCCCUCGCUGGAGACCUUGUCUCGGUACUAGUGUUUGGUGGAGGUGGAUGUUUUACGGGAUGAGAAGUGAUCCCAGAAUGUAAGUUUAGAAAAACCCAAACUUCUAACUUCCUGGUCACCAGAAAAUGUACUUUGUUUCUACUCUCUAUAUUAGUCUCUUGCAUUUUGGU